GCGGCAAAAGGCACGAGAGCGGCUUUGCCCGUGGACUCCUCCUAUGCUAACCUUUCCUAUCUCUACGGUUCCUCUCCCAGACUUCGGAACAGCCAUGAGCGCCGAGACUCGCAACCGCCAGCAGACUCUGGCUUUACGGAAGCAGUUCAUUGGGUCAUCCUGCAAGCUUUUUUUUCCAGAAGAUCCAGUGAAGAUUAUCCGGGCAAAGGGACAAUAUAUGUAUGAUGAAAAUGGAAACCAGUACCUUGACUGUAUCAAUAAUGUUGCUCAUGUGGGGCACUGCCAUCCUGAAGUGGUCAGAGCAGCUCAUCAGCAGAAUCUACUGCUAAAUACAAACUCUCGGUAUCUGCAUGACAAUUUGGUGGAUUAUGCACAGAGACUUUCUAAAACAUUGCCGGAGAAGUUGUGUACCUUCUAUUUUUUGAAUUCGGGAUCAGAAGCUAAUGAUCUUGCUCUUAGACUGGCACGGCAAUAUACAAAACAUAAAGACGUUAUUGUUAUUGACCAUGCUUAUCAUGGACAUCUGACAUCUUUGAUUGACAUAAGUCCAUACAAAUUCAGAAAUCUAGAUGGCCAAAAGGAAUGGGUCCAUGUGGCUCCUCUUCCUGAUACAUACAGAGGAUUAUAUAGAGAAAAUCAUAAGGAUCCAGCCACAGCAUAUGCUGAUGAAGUGAAAAAAAUAAUUGACAUAGCACACCAAGAAAGCAGAAAGUUUGCUGCACUUUUUGUAGAAUCCUUGCCUAGUGUUGCUGGACAGAUCAUUCCACCAUCUGGUUAUUUCCAAAAGGUUGCAGAGCAUAUACACAAAGCAGGAGGUGUAUUUAUUGCUGAUGAAAUUCAGGUUGGCUUUGGCAGAGUUGGCAAACAUUUUUGGGCAUUUCAACUUCAAGGAGAGGAUUUUAUUCCUGAUAUUGUUACUAUGGGAAAGCCAAUUGGGAAUGGACAUCCUGUGGCUUGUGUAGCAACAACGAAGGAAAUUGCAGAGGCAUUUUCAGCAACAGGAGUAGAGUAUUUUAACACAUUUGGAGGAAAUCCUGUGUCCUGUGCAAUAGGCCUAGCAGUCCUGGAUAUUAUUGAGAAAGAAGAGCUUCAAACCCACGCUCUUCAUGUGGGAAACUUCUUUAUGGAACUACUCAAUCAACAAAAAGCUAAACAUCCUCUAAUUGGAGAUAUCAGGGGUGUUGGACUAUUUAUUGGUGUAGAUUUAGUACAAGACCGAGAGAAAAGAUCACCUGCUAGCAAAGAAGCAGAAUUCAUCGUAACAAGAUUAAAGGAAGAAUUCAUUAUGCUGAGCACAGAUGGGCCAGGCAGAAAUGUGCUUAAGUUCAAGCCACCACUGUGUUUCAAUACAAAGGAUGCAGAGUCAGUAGUUGAUAAACUUGAUGUGAUAUUAACAGAAUUGGAGAUAAGAAAAACCUAAAGAUGAUGAUUUCCAAGGCUACAAGAGGUAAGCAUUCACAUACUAUUAUAUACAAAAAGCAGAAGCCAUUAAUGUCAUUAUCCUGAAUAGAUACUAUUGUAUCAAAUCAUAUUCCAACAAUAUAUAGUCAACAGCAGCAUGUCAAACAUAAAUUAUGAAAAAUUUAAUUUGCUGGCUUUCCCAUGUGAAUACUGAAUUCUUUCAUUCAUCUUUUACAGGAUACAAGCAUGGUGCAGAAUUUUACCAUUUUUCUACACUUAAACUACAAUAAUAAAAUUCUGACUUCUUCAAGCUUUCAUAA